AGCCGCGUUGGUGCCUCCGAGGGGCGGCGGGACGGGCAGGGAGCAGGGACAGAUGAUGUCUUCGAGGAGGGCUGGAGCAGGAUCGCGCAGGGCCCCUCGGGUGUGCUCUGUGAGGUCGGACAUUGACCGGUUGUGGGGGGAAAUCCUUCGGCUCCCUCCGAAUUGCUCCAAUAAGCGGCAAGGAGAUGUGGCAGAAGGUCAAAGGGAUGCGCGUCUCGGGGUGGUUGCUAUGAAUUAGGCCAAGAAGAAGAGGGAGCAACAAGUAAUUGUGUCUUUUGCGGUUGGCGGCUGAAGUGGCAAUGGGCAGUCUUCCGAGUCCCGAACUUGAGAUGACAGUUAAGAAGCAUUGCCACCAACGACUGAGAAGUAGGAUCUGUUUCUUCCAUCUCAGAUGGAACUCCCUUUUUGCCUGCAAAACGGAUUGGACUCAGCCAUUGCAUAGGAGAUCUUGGGGAGGGCAGGGAUUGUUUGGAAGUUUAUUAUACUUCCAGACACCUUUCACGGAAUCAUAUUGUCUGCAAAAAAUCUCAUGUAAGUAGGGAGAGAGCGCAUACAGCAGAAUUAAAGCAGAGACUCAAAUGCUGAAGGUUUGUAAACGGGAAGUGGGUGGACAGAGUUUGGCUGGGAGAACUUAUUUGAGUAAAUCUCUAAACAUAUCUAACCUGCUCCCCCCUCCCCCCAUCCCCGAACUGGCAGACAAGGAUGCAAAGCCUGCAACCAGAACCUGCUGCUCGUUACCGGAAUGUGCUGGAGGCUUUGUGGCGGAUUGUCCGAACUGAAGGGAUCUGGAGACCUAUGCGUGGAUUGAACAUCACAGCUACGGGGGCUGGUCCUGCCCAUGCCUUGUAUUUCGCCUGCUACGAAAAAUUGAAAAAGACACUUACCAACCUUAUCCAUGCUGGGGGCAAUAGUCACGUGGCCAACGGUGCCGCAGGCUGCGUGGCAACGUUGCUUCAUGAUGCAGCCAUGAAUCCAGCGGAAGUGGUAAAACAAAGAAUGCAGAUGUACAAUUCUCCCUACCAACGAGUAACAGACUGUGUGCGUGCUGUGUGGUGCAAUGAAGGGGCAGGAGCUUUCUACCGAAGCUAUACCACUCAGCUGACCAUGAACAUCCCCUUUCAGGCUAUCCAUUUCAUGGCAUAUGAAUCCCUACAGGAGCACCUCAACCCCCACAGACAGUACAAUCCUAGUUCUCAUAUGGUGGCAGGUGCCUGUGCAGGUGCCAUUGCAGCUGCUGCCACCACACCUUUGGACGUUUGCAAAACAUUGCUGAAUACACAGGAAGCCUUGGCACUGAAUACCAACAUCAGUGGGCACAUCACAGGUAUGGCUCACGCAUUCAGGACGGUGUACCGCGUGGGCGGGCUAACUGCGUAUUUCCGUGGGGUUCAGGCUCGUGUCAUCUACCAGAUGCCCUCCACAGCUAUUGCAUGGUCUGUGUAUGAGUUCUUCAAAUACAUCUUAACAAAGCGAAAGGAGGAACGGUUGUCCGGGAAGUGAAAUGGCGUUAUCGGCUUGGCUGGUGCCAAACACAGAUGACAAGCAAGACUUUGGAAUACUGAUGCCGCCUCUUGCCUGCUGCUGCAUUUUGCACAGCCCAUUGUUCUCUCAAUGGAACGUAUACAGCAAACAGCAACUUCACCUGCUUUUAGCUUAUCAUCUAACAAACAUGCCCCAGGUGUUGGAUACAGAUAAAGACCAGGGUGGAAUUACUGUGAGCAUAUUGGAAAUUGGGGUGAUAGCCUGCAUUCUGAGAAAUGAUUGCAGGUAAGAAUUAGUAGAGGCAGAAGAAGUGUUAGCUAAGCUGUUGUCUAUCAGCACUCACACAGACCUCAUGCUCUUUGAGAAGGCUUUGAUUGUUGUGGCCCUUGGCACUUCCAAUAAAGUCUGCUUUAUUGUCCUA